UUCCAUCUCAUCUCUUUGUACCAAACAUAUAGCCUACAACAUCCUGUUUAGUUACCUCUUCACACUCAUCCGAACUCUACCCGCGGUGUGAGCGUUUACUGAAUAGAAUAGAGCGUUUCAAAAGUGUUUUUCAAGCGGGAUUCUAGGACGACAAAAUGGUGUCUUCAACGUAACGGUGGUUUGUGACGCCUUCAAACCAAUUGAGAAAAACUUGAUUAUGGGUAUAUGCUUCAACAGCGAAUCAACUCUACUUGGCUGUUCGAAACUUGAUUAUGGUUUAUGUCUCUUUCACUCUAAAAAAUGUAUAACAGAACUACAAAUCUAUGCUCUAUAUUUAGACUUGCAUUUUCAAGGUCAAAACUCAUGCACACAGCAGGAACAAGCAUCUGCAACAAUGUCAUGUCAAAACCAGAAACUCAAGAUUCCCUCACAACCCAAUUGGAAUCUUUGUUCCGGGCUUGUUCGGAUGCUUCUGUGGUUCAGCAAGCUAGACAGGUUCACACUCAGAUCAUUGUUGGCGGCAUGAGUGAUGUUUGCGCACUGAGUUCAAGGGUUUUGGGGCUGUAUGUUCUUUGUGGUAGGAUCAGCGAUGGUGGGAACUUGUUUUUCGGGCUCGAAUUGUGCAAUGCUCUUCCUUGGAAUUGGAUGAUAAGAGGGCUUUACAUGUUGGGGUGGUUUGAUUUUGCCUUGCUGUUUUACUUCAAGAUGUUGGGUAGUAAUGUUUCACCUGACAAAUACACGUUCCCUUAUGUGAUUAAGGCCUGUGGUGGUUUGAAUAAUGUGCCGUUGUGUAUGGUGGUUCAUAAUACGGCUCGGUCCUUGGGGUUUCAUGUGGACUUGUUUGUUGGUAGUGCUUUGAUCAAGUUGUAUGCGGAUAAUGGUUAUAUUUGUGAUGCAAGGCGGGUGUUCGAUGAAUUGCCUCAGAGAGACACCAUUUUAUGGAAUGUCAUGCUCCAUGGUUAUGUGAAAAGUGGAGAUUUUAACAAUGCGAUGGGGACUUUUUGUGGAAUGAGGACCUCUUAUAGUAUGGUUAAUUCGGUGACGUAUACUUGUAUUUUGUCUAUAUGUGCCACGAGAGGGAAAUUUUGUCUUGGUACUCAGGUUCAUGGUCUUGUUAUUGGUAGUGGGUUCGAGUUUGAUCCACAGGUAGCAAACACACUAGUUGCCAUGUAUUCAAAGUGUGGGAACCUUUUUGAUGCUCGCAAGUUAUUUAAUACAAUGCCACAAACCGAUACAGUGACUUGGAAUGGGUUGAUUGCUGGAUAUGUACAAAAUGGAUUUACAGAUGAGGCUGCACCUUUGUUUAAUGCUAUGAUCUCUGCUGGUGUCAAACCAGAUUCGGUCACUUUUGCAAGUUUCCUUCCUUCUAUCCUUGAAUCUGGGAGUCUCAGACAUUGUAAGGAAGUUCAUAGUUACAUAGUGCGACAUAGGGUGCCUUUCGAUGUCUAUUUGAAGAGUGCUCUUAUUGACAUAUACUUCAAGGGAGGAGAUGUGGAGAUGGCACGCAAGAUUUUCCAGCAGAAUACUUUGGUUGAUGUUGCAGUUUGCACAGCUAUGAUCUCAGGUUAUGUGCUUCAUGGGCUGAAUAUCGAUGCUAUAAACACUUUUAGGUGGUUAAUUCAAGAGGGAAUGGUGCCUAAUUCCCUAACCAUGGCUAGUGUUUUGCCAGCUUGUGCUGCUUUGGCUGCUCUGAAAUUAGGGAAGGAGUUGCAUUGUGAUAUUCUAAAGAAACAAUUGGAGAAUAUAGUUAAUGUGGGAUCUGCCAUCACAGACAUGUAUGCAAAGUGUGGAAGACUGGAUCUUGCUUAUGAAUUUUUCAGAAGAAUGUCUGAAACGGAUAGUAUUUGUUGGAACUCAAUGAUUUCAAGCUUCUCGCAGAAUGGGAAACCAGAAAUGGCCGUUGAUCUUUUUCGUCAAAUGGGAAUGAGUGGAGCCAAGUUUGAUUCUGUGAGCCUAUCAUCUGCUCUCUCUUCUGCUGCAAAUUUACCAGCACUAUAUUAUGGGAAAGAGAUGCAUGGCUAUGUGAUAAGAAAUGCAUUUAGUUCUGACACUUUUGUUGCAAGUGCACUGAUAGAUAUGUAUUCUAAAUGUGGAAAACUAGCUUUGGCUCGGUGUGUGUUUAACCUGAUGGCUGGGAAGAAUGAAGUUUCAUGGAACAGCAUCAUUGCUGCCUAUGGAAACCAUGGUUGUGCUAGAGAAUGCCUUGACCUAUUCCAUGAGAUGUUAAGAGCUGGGGUUCACCCUGAUCAUGUUACCUUUCUUGUUAUAAUAUCUGCUUGUGGCCAUGCGGGCUUAGUUGGUGAAGGCAUACACUACUUUCAUUGCAUGACUAGAGAAUAUGGGAUUGGUGCUAGGAUGGAACACUAUGCAUGCAUGGUAGAUUUGUAUGGUCGUGCUGGUCGUUUGCAUGAAGCAUUUGAUGCCAUAAAGAGCAUGCCAUUCACUCCAGAUGCAGGUGUUUGGGGGACAUUUCUGGGAGCUUGUCGGCUCCAUGGAAAUGUUGAGUUGGCUAAAUUAGCUUCAAGACAUCUUCUUGAAUUGGACCCAAAAAAUUCUGGAUACUAUGUAUUGCUUUCAAAUGUACAUGCCGAUGCUGGUGAGUGGGGAAGUGUUCUUAAGGUGAGAAGGUUAAUGAAGGAAAAAGGAGUUCAGAAGAUACCUGGAUACAGCUGGAUUGAUGUUAAUGGUGGGACCCAUAUGUUUUCUGCUGCUGAAGGAAACCAUCCAGAAUCUGUUGAGAUCUAUUUGAUUCUGAAUAGUCUCCUUCUUGAGUUAAGAAAACAGGGUUAUGUUCCUCAACCUUACCUUCCACUUCACCCACAAAUCACGGGCAAUAAUUGAGUGAAGAACAAUUAUUUUCUUUCAUAUUCUCCGACAGUCAUAUCAAAUACUUCUUGAUGCAACCAUAUCAUUGUGAGAUAACUUCUAUAAAAACUUAUGGAGGUUGUUUAAUCUUCGAAUUCAUGACAAUUUUAAUUGAAAUCUCUGUCGAGAAGUUGCUAAGGCAUGUGUUAAUGCAGGUGCUCUUGAUUUUGGAAAGAAGGCUUUGUGGAAGCAUAAUGCCUAUGGACUGACCCCAAAUAUUUCAUCUGCACACCAUUUACUGAAAGAAGAAAUUGUUGAAACCCAAAUGCACAUGGAUCCUUGAAGACAUAGGUUUGUUGAAUGCAAAGCAUACUGACAUGCCUAUGCAUCCUAAUGUCAAAUCUCAACCAAAACAGGGAGAGCCUCUGUCAAACUCAGGAAAAUAUAGAAGAUUGGUUAGAAAAAUAAAUUACCUUAUUGUCACUCAUUGAGACAUCUUUUGCAUUAAGUGAAGUUAAUUACAUUUUAAACUCUCAGUAUGACGGCCAUUUGGAUGCUAUGAAUUAUGAUACAUACUGAAAAUAUAUUGAAAGAGCUCUAGGAAAAGGUGCCCUAUAAAGGUUCUUAGAUUGUCGAAUAUACAUAUGUUGAUUGAGUAGAGUUUAAAAUAUAUUGGAAAAAUGAAUUUUAUUUUUUCA